UCUCACAGCAAUCUGAUUUAUUCAUUUGUACAAACUGAAUAGGACACAGGAAGAAAAAAAACUGACACCCCAUAACAUAAAUCUCAACUGGUAAAACAUACGUUGAUGGAAAAAGACCACUAAAAAGCAGUGGGUGCACAUUACUCUUCAAACACAAGAGGGCAGCAGAUACAUGGGAGAAAAUAGCUCUGUGUAGUACACAGCGAAUCCUGCACUAAAGCAAGUUACUUUGAAAAAUCCACCCCACAACUUCAUGCCAAAUGAAUAAGAUAAUGCUGCGUUUGUCUCUGCACAUAUUCAGUGUGUAACUGCCAGUGUCUGACCUUUAUCAAAACACAGUGAAGAUCGUUUGAAGUUUGUGAUGUCUUGAUAAAGGUCACAUGCUGAAAAUGGCAGCAUUCGAUGUGCUGAGUGUUAAAGUGAAUACGAAGAUGGUUUUCCUUUAGGCUCAAGUUCCAUGUGACUCUUGAGUCAUAAAAGUCCAAUUACCCAUUUAAUGUAUUCACGAAUCACAGAGAAUGAGAAAAUUGGGAGGAAUUAAAGAUUUCUUUGGAUUGAUAUGGGGUGACCUUUGCCCCCAACAUGAGAGAGUGCCUUGCUGUCUGCUAGAGCUUAAUCAGAGGUCAAAGUCUGCUCUCUCUGGCUGACAGAGCCAGUAGGAGCAGAGUAUGUUUUUGUCCCUCACUCUCUAAGUCCCUCUCACCCUGUUGACAACACCUGGUCUUGUGGAGAGCUUCCUCUUCUUGGAUUGUCACCAGUCCAUCACCAUGCUGCUUCGAACUGUGGUCCUGCUCCUCCUCUGCGUGUCCAUGGGCAUGUGUGCCACUUUAGGCCACUACCAGGCUGAAGCAAAGGAGGAAGAGGAAGUCCUUGCUGUGAAAUUAGCUGCUGUAACUGAUGAUAUUACUGCAGCUGCCUCUGUAGAUUCAGCUAAAGAAGGUGUAGCUGCCACAGAUGCCCAAGUAGGUGAUUCACCUGCAACUGAGGCACCUGUAGCAAAUAACCUUUUCGGUGACAAACUACUAGCUAAAAUACUUGCAAUGGAUAACCCAGCAGCUGACAAACCUGAAGCGGAUGUCCCUGUAGCAGAUGGUGCUACAGCUGAAGAGCCAAGGACCGAUGAUGAUAGGCCUGUCGGAGACCCCCCUGCUAUGGAAGCUCAAGCUGAAGAGGCUGUCACCCAGGAACAACCUUCUUCUGAUGAGGAGGGGAAUGAGAUCAGACCAGUCAAAACAAACCAGACCCUGGACAGACCCUUGGCUAAUGAAGAUGAUAACAGUUGGAGCCUUAACUCGAUUAGAAAUAGCUUCCAGACUGUGCAUGGAUACUUUGACUCCCUGGUGGAGCUGGUGGGGGGUCACAAUGGUGUGUGUCAGUACCGCUGCAGAUAUGGAGAAGCUCCUCAGCCUCGUCACGGCUACAAACUCCCAGAGCCCAAUGGCUGCAGCUCCUCUCUGGUGGGAUUCCAGGUGAAUACCGCUCUUGACCUGGGGAUCCCUGCCAUGACAGAGUGCUGUAACCAGCUUGACGUGUGUUAUGACACUUGUGGCUCGAGCAAGUACGACUGCGACUCCAAGUUUCGCAUGUGUCUGCAUGGCAUCUGCACUGACCUCAAGAAAAGCCUGGGCUUUGUGUCAGAGGUACAAGCCUGCGAGUCAAUGGCAGACGCUCUCUUCAACACAGUGUGGACUCUGGGUUGUAGGCCUUACAUGAACAGCCAGAGGGCAGCGUGUGUCUGCAAGGGAGAGGAGAGGGAUGAACUGUGACACAGAACACUAUGGACAACUCCUGGACACUUUGACAAA